UAGUUCAAAACUUGUCCUCCUAAAUUCUUCUCUUUCAAUCCACGUUUCUUACUUACAAAUCUUCAGUCUUUGAUCUUAUAAAUCAUACCAAUUAUGAGAUUUUAGAUUCUAGAGUGCUUGGUUGAUUCUAAUCUCAUGCAAAUGUGCUUGGGAUCCGAGUAAAUUAUGAACAACAUCUUUGGUGGAAACAAAAAAUUGUUCUUAUUACAUUAAUAUCUGGAAAAUUGUCAUCUCCUUCUCUCUCUAAAAAUUCUCAUCUCAGCCUUUUUUUGUCUUUACGUAGAUGUUACAUAAACUCAGCUAGAAAUGGCCAAGAAAGGAACUAAAAGAUGUCCAAUAUUCUCCAUGUUCAUGUUGUUAUUCUUAUUCUUCAAUCUUCCCAUGUUGCAUGGCGAGGAACUAGAGCUUCUCUUAUCAUUCAAAGCUUCGAUCAAAGACCAGUUCGGCUUUCUUUCUGACUGGAAUUCCUCUGCCACUUUUUGCAACUGGCAUGGUAUAGUCUGUGACAACUCUUCCCAUGUUAACUCACUUGAGCUCUCUGGGCAAAACAUCUCUGGCAAACUUUCUGCCUCAAUUUUCCAAUUGCAGUACGUCAAGGUUGUUGAUCUUUCCAACAAUCAGCUCUUUGGGGAAAUUCCUGGUGAUUUAUUUUCUUGUCCUUCACUUCAAUUCCUCAAUCUUAGUAACAAUAAUUUAACAGGUCCAUUGCCAAGAAUUUCCAUUUCCCACCUUGAAACACUAGACCUUUCCAACAACAUGCUUUCGGGUAGAAUUCCAGACAAUAUUGGAUUGCUUUCUAGCUUACAAUUUCUUGAUCUAGGUGGAAAUGUUUUGGUGGGAAAAAUUCCAAAAUCCAUAUCAAAUAUCACGACUUUGCAAGUCUUGACUUUGGCUUCAAACCAACUAUUUGGUGAAAUUCCACAUGAAAUAGGCCAAAUGAAGAGCUUGAGGUGGAUUUACCUAGGCUACAACAACCUUUCAGGUGAAAUUCCAACAGAGAUUGGAGACUUGACUUCUCUGAAUCAUCUUGAUGUUGUCUACAACAAUCUCAGUGGACAUAUUCCAUUCUCUCUAGGAAACCUCAGCAAUCUUCAGUAUCUCUUCCUAUACGAGAACAAGCUCACGGGUCCAAUUCCAAGAUCACUUUUUAACCUCAAAAAGUUGGCCUCACUUGAUCUUAGCAUCAAUUCUCUUUUUGGUGAGAUCCCAGAGCUCAUAAUUCAGCUUCAAAACUUGGAGAUUCUUCAUCUUUUCUCCAACAACUUCACGGGAAAGAUUCCAGCUGCCUUAACCUCCUUGCCUCGGCUUCAAGUCCUCCAGUUAUGGUCGAAUCAAUUAUCCGGUGAGAUCCCCAGAGACCUUGGAAGGCUAAACAAUCUCACUGUACUGGACCUUUCCACCAAUUAUCUCGCUGGGAAAAUCCCUGAAAGCUUAUGCAACUCGGGUCAGCUUUAUAAGCUCAUCCUCUUCUCUAAUUCCCUGGAAGGCGAAAUUCCGGGGAGUUUGAAUUCUUGCAAAAGCUUAAAGCGAGUACGCCUCCAAAACAACCGUCUCUCCGGUGAAUUAUCCUCGGGUUUCACAAAACUGCCACUAGUAAACUUCCUGGAUAUCUCAAGCAACUAUCUUUCUGGCAGAAUUGACAAGCAAAAGUGGGAUAUGGCAUCACUGGAGAUGCUGAAUUUAGGGAAGAACAAUUUUUUUGGAGAGCUGCCAGGUUCAUUCGGUAGUGACAAGCUUCAGAACUUGGACUUGUCUGAAAAUCAGUUCUCAGGUAAUAUCCCCAAGAGCUUUGGGGGAUUGUCAGAGCUAGUGCAAUUAGAGCUACGUGAAAACAAGCUCUCAGGUCACAUUCCAGAAGAAUUGUCAUCAUGCAAGAAGCUUGUGAGAUUAGACCUCAGUCAUAAUCAACUCAGUGGCCUAAUUCCAAUCAGUCUAGCUCAACUUCCGGUUCUGGGUCUACUUGAUUUGUCGGAAAACCAAUUUUCCGGUGAAAUUCCAGAAAGUUUUGGAAGAUUGGAAUCUCUUGUAGAAGUGAAUAUUUCUCACAAUCACUUGCAUGGAAGCUUACCUUCUACCGGGGCAUUUCUUGCUAUUAAUGCCAGUGCUGUUGCCGGCAAUAAUAACCUUUGUGGUGGCGAUAUUACAAGUGGUUUACCGCAAUGCAAGAGCGGUAAAAGUCCCGUGUGGUGGUAUGUUCUCACUUGCCUUUUGGUCGCGUUAGUAAUGUUUGCUAUUGCUGCUUUUCUGGUUGUUUUCAUUCGAAGCCGGCGUAAUGAGUUGGAGCAGAAAAGAGUGGAAAACGAAUAUGGAAUAUGGGAAAUGCAGUUCUUUGAUUCCAAGGUUUCGAAGUCCCUCACAAUGGAAGAUAUUUUCUCCUCGGCCAAAGACGAAAAUGUCAUUAUGAGAGGGAACAAGAAAGGGGUUUCAGUUUCAUACAGAGGAAAGUCUCUCAUGAACAACAUGCAGUUCGUGGUGAAGGAAAUGAAAGGUGAAAAUACAGUACUUCCAACGAGUUUUUGGUCUGUUGUUGCUGAAUUUGGUAAGCUUAAGCACCCAAACAUCAUUAGGUUGAUGGGAAUUUGUUGGUCUGAAAAGAGUGGUUUUUUGGUUUAUGAGUAUGUGGAAGGGAAAGUAUUGAGUGAAGUUCUUCGGAAUUUGAGUUGGGAAAGAAGACGUAAAAUCGCGAUUGGGAUCGCGAAAGCGCUGAGCUUUUUGCAUGGAUAUUGUUCACCAAGUGUUGUGGUUGGUGACAUGUCGCCGGAGAGAGUUCUUGUUGAUGGAAAAGAUGAGCCUCGCCUGAGUUUGAGCCUUCCUGCUGGGUUGGCUUGUACGGACACCAAGUUUUCUUCAGCCUACGUUGCCCCAGAAACCAGAGAAACCAAAGAUAUGACAGAACAGAGUGAUAUAUAUGGGUUCGGUCUCAUAUUGAUUGAGUUAUUGACUGGUAAAAGCCCCGCCGACACGGAAUUUGGCAUGCAAGAGAAUAAUAUUGUUGAGUGGGCCCGAUAUUGCUACUCAGAUUGUCAUCUUGAUGUGUGGAUUGAUAGUAUGAUAAGGGGACAUGCAACGAAUAAUCAGAACGAGAUUGUUGAGACCAUGAACCUAGCCCUUCACUGCACCGCCACUGACCCCACGGCUAGGCCAUGCGCAACCCAAGUAUUGAAAAACCUAGAGUCUGCUAUGAAGCCUAGUUCUUGUGUUUCAAACCUUAAAUUUUCUUCAUCUAAUUAAUUAGAUUUUGUCCCCUAAUUAAGUUUUAUUUUAUUUUUUUACUUUUUUUUUUUUUAAUUUUCUUUUGAAUUUUUGUAUAAGGAGUUAAAAAAAAAUGAUUGUUACUCAAAAUGCUCUGUUUAAUAUAGUAUGUUUGACAUACUAGUGAGUGUAAACAUGUAGAUAAACUUAAUGCCAUUAUAUGAAUCACAACAUUUUCUAAGCUCUUUUGCU